CGUUAACCUUCUGCCAAAGAAUCGAUUUUGAUAUAUAAAUAUGAACUGCAGUUAUUUGGUCAGUAUCACAAUCAUCUCGAUCAAUACUGAUCUAGUACUCCAACAAAACAAAUUGCAAAAUGAAGUGUGCCGCAGUACUUCUCCUAGUAUGUGUUGGAUUUGUCGUGUCACAGCCACAGCCUCAGGCAGUAAAAGAACAGCCCAAAGACCAAAAAGCAACCCAACAGAAGGAAGCUCCACAAACGGCUCAAGCUCCAAAACCUGUGUCAGAGCCCAGCAAGGAACAGAAAGAUCAGAAGAAAGAUGAGAAGAAAGAUGUGAAGAAAGAACAACCGCAGGCCAAAGAUAGCGCAGCAAACUUCCAAGCGGAAUGCCUAGCUCAGAGCAAAGCUAAGCAAGACCUGGUAGCUAAGGCUAAAAUGGGCGAAUUCAAGGAAGACGCCGCUCUGAAGAACCAUAUGUACUGUAUGGCACAGAAGAUUGGAUUCAUGGACAACAAAGGUGAGAUCCUGAAGGAAAAACUAAAGGAAAAGUCCAAGGCUUUGAUCGGUGACCAAGCAGCUGCUUCCAAACUCGUUGACGCCUGUGCACAGAAAAGAAAAGAUGGCCCCGACACCGCUUUCCAUACGAUCAAAUGCUUCUAUGAGAAAAGCACUCCAAAACAUGUAGUCAUUGUUUAGAUUAGGUUGCAAUUAAUUUGAAUAGAUAUACCAAAUGGCUGUUAUAUCACAGUAUUAUAAAAUGUAUAUUUUAAGUUAAAUACUCUGUAAGAUAUGUAC